GAUGGUCAAGUCACUUUAACAGUAUAGUAACUGUGAUAGUAAAGUAACUUUAACAGUAUAGUUACUGUGGUAGUAAAGUAACUUUAACAGUAUAGUAACUGAGGAGUAACUGUCCAGAAUGAAGAUACUCCAUGUUGUCUCCUGCUGUCUCCUCUCAGCUGUGGUCUGUGUGUUGUCAGGGGUGAUUACAAUGAGAUGGAAAGAAGGAGGAAACGGUCACAUCAACUGCCCUUAUGAUCGGGGGUAUAAGAACAAUCCAAAGUACCUCUCUAAAGGGACGUACAGAGACAGAGUUGUUGUCAUCCAAACCCAAACCCAUCGGCACCCAGCGGUGACUCAUAAAGGGAGAUUCUCUCUGUAUGACGACACAAAGAGAAGAGUCUUCAGUGUGACCAUCACUAACCUGGUCCUAGAGGAUUCAGGGACCUACUGGUGUGGAGUGGAUACAUGGGGACCUGAUCAGCCAACUGAGGUCAGGCUCACUGUGGACAAAGCUCCUGUUCCUCCCAACCCUGGCUCCAUCACCUCCAGACCUCUCCUCUCCACGUCACACCCAUCACCAAACAUCACCAUGACAACUGACUCCUCAAACUCCGCUACUGAUAGGACCAAUGGAACAGUAGGAACAACAGCAUCACCACCCACAGACAUGACUAGAACACAAGGUAACAACAGCAUCACCACCACAGACAUGACUAGAACACUAGGUAAUAACAGCAUCACCAUCACAGACAUGACUAGAACACAAGGUAACAACAGAAUCACCACCACAGACAUGACUAGAACACAAGGUAACAACAGCAUCACCACCACAGACAUGACUAGAACACAAGGUAACAACAGAAUCACCACCACAGACAUGACUAGAACACUAGGUAACAACAGCAUCACCACCACAGACAUGACUAGAACACAAGGUAACAACAGCAUCACCACCACAGACAUGGCUAAAACACAAGGUAACAACAGCAUCACCACCACAGACAUGACUAGAACACAAGGUAACAUAAUGAACCCUCCCCAGCUAGCAUUGAGGAAUCGGCCCAGAAGCGGCCCUCUUCUGUCCACCGGAAUUCAACGAUUUUUGACGGCAUCUUACCAGAAUCCCCCCAUAAGCAGACUGGUACAAAUGUAAAUAAAUGUAUACAAAAUGACCAUAUUUAGUCAUUUUAAAUAUUACUACUAUACAUUUUAUAUAUACAAAUUAUACCCAUCCACAUAAAAACAUUUUGUGUCUGAUAAAACACCGUACACCUGGUGACUGUGUCAGCGUGCGCCUGGCACGCCACAAGAGUCUACAGCGCGAUGGGACAAGGACAUCCCAGCCGGCCAAACCCUCCCGUAUCUCUGACGACGCUGGACAAAUUGUGCGUCGCCUUAUCGGUCUCCCGGUUGUGGCCGGCACAGGUGUCGUAGCAACGUAGUUAACACUGCAAUUUUUUGCCUUGCACAAAGUAUCAACACACUAAAAUACUACUUCAACAGGACUCUUAAAUAAUUUAAUGUAAAUGUUAAUUGUAUUUUUUAAAUCACAGAAACAAUGAGAAAAUAUUGGAAAAUAACUAAUGAAAUGUUAAUUAUAUAAAGCGACCCGUGUAACCAUAUGCCAGAGAGUAGCCCCAAUCAGCCACAGCCACAAAUAAUACAUCUGGGACAGAUAACUCUCCCUGGAAUCGGCCUGAGCUCAAUCCCUGCAUCCUAGCCAUAAGUAAUACUGCCCAAGACGGCACAGACGACCGACGAUGACCAACGACGACCGAGUCUGAAUCUCAGCCGAGUGCCCGACUCUCAGCCGGAAUCGGCCCAGAUCCACUUUGCUAGCUGGGUCAGCACCACAUGACACUUAGAGAUAAACCUCCAAGCACCAUCCUGUAACAUGGACUACAACUACCAAGCAUCAUACUGUAACAUGGACUACAACUACCAAGCACCAUACUGUAACAUGGACUACAACUACCAAGCAUCAUACUGUAACAUGAACUACAACUACCAAGCAUCAUACUGUAACAUGGACUACAACUACCAAGCACCAAACUAACAAGGAUUACAACUACCAAGUAUCCACCCCUUUUAAACUACAACCGUGAAUCUAUAGAUCCACCACCUGGUGGUGGAAACUAGCCAUUACAUCUUCCUCCUUCAGACAGUGAAGGAGAUUGAACAAAAAAGCAUUGACUUUCCUGAUACUUGGUUUUAGACUAAAAAAUCUGUCUCUUACUAUUGAUAUAUUAUCAUUAACAUGUUCUCUUUAUUUCUGCUCUCUUCAACACCACCUGUUUCUCUGUCUAAUGUUGUCUUCCCUCCUCCCUCCGUCUGAAAUGGUAGAAACCCAGAGGUACAGUACAGUAGAGACGAGCUAAAUGUAGCAUCACUGUUACAUUAUGCCUGAGUACUGUCUCUGGGUGUUCUAGGAGAUGUGAUGUUCUCUGGUGUUGCUCUGGGUGUUCUAGGUGAUGUGAUGUUCUCAGGUGUUGUUCUGGGUGUUGUUCUACUACU